AUGGUCGGUUCUCAAGCUUUGGAUGACACCCCCGAGGGAGGAUGGAAGGCAGCGAAUGGAAUCCCCGUUCCCGACUUUGUCGAGCCUGUGCUCACUGUCACCGUCCUGCUACUUGCAAUGUUCUUCACCCGCAGAAGGAAUUAUUCCCUCUUCAAAUCGAGGGAUCGAUACCAACCGCUCCCCGAUGAGGAGUCGCCUAGGAGCUCUGAUGAGUAUAGUGACAUCUUGUAUCGCCGACACAGCGAGCAGCAUCCUCCCAAGUAUCGCUCUUGUGGUAGCUGUGUGCGUUUCACCACACCAAACUCGAGUCGCUUUGCGACAAACUUCCACUCUCGCAUUCUCCAAAAGUUUCCUUUCUUGAUUGAGAUGUUUUACUGGGGCGUUAGUUUCGGCGCAUAUAGAUACACAAAGGUCCUUGCCCAGGCAACCUACGGCGGCCAAAAGGGCAUGUGGGAUUCGGCCCAACAACACGGCUUGUCGAUUCUUAACUUUGAAGCUUUGUUGUGGGGAGGAGAUCGACAGGCACCGGAGAAGUGGCUCGAGUGGCAGAUUCAGCGUUGGUUCUUGCACGGCACUGAGACAGGCGAUUACCGAGCUUGGAUUUUGUCAUUUUUGAAUCGAGGAUAUGCGCUCGUGCAUUUGCCGGGGACCGUUUCGUUUCUCGCUUAUUAUUACACCACGGCCCCUAGCCAUGCUCGAUUCUGCACCGUGCGGCGUACGAUGACAUUGACCAACUUCCUCGCCUUCAUCAUCUUCAUCUUGGUCCCCACGAUGCCACCGCGACUGUUGCCUAAAGAGUACGGGUUCGUCGAUUCCGUCAGUUUGGAGGAUGCCGAGUCUGUCUGGAUGGGCGGCGACUUUGUCAAUCUGCUUGCUGCGAUGCCCAGCAUGCACUUUGGCUAUGCUUUCUGCAUUGGCUGCACCUUUAUUGCGGAGAGCGGCGUGGUAAGGGGCCUGUUUUCGUGGCUCGAGAAGCUGACGAUUCGUCCCUCCAACCCAGAGGAGGACGAGGAGGACGAACCAGUGGAAGCCAGACGAAGCCCUCUGACAAGAGCUUGCAUGUUUGCAUUCGGAAUCUGGUACCCGACGUGGAUGCUCAUGACCAUUGUCAGCACAGCCAACCACUACUUUCUCGAUGCCUUUGCCGCCGUGUUCGUUGUUUUGGCGGGCUACAUGUGCAACCGCGUGUUGUGCGUCUUUUUGCCGAUUGAAGACUACCUGUUGUGGAUUCUGCGUCUUGAGAAGCCGAUCCCAACGACUGGUUGGAAGAAGAAUUUGUCGGUCGAGUAA